AUGCCGACGCCGCGGAGCGGCUGCGACGUGCCGCGGCGCCUCGUCUGCGACACGAUCGCGCACCAGUCGCUGAACAAGGUGCGCUUCCCCGUGAACGCGCUGAGCUGGGCGCGCGACGGCCGGCGGGCGGUGACGGCGAACCAGAACGGCGAGUUCACGCUGUGGAACGGCCAGGCCUUCAACUUCGAGGGCCUCAUCGCCGCGCACAACACGGCCGUGCGGUCCCUGGCCUGGAGCCGGUCCGGCACGACGAUGAUCUCCGGCGACACGAAGGGCGCGAUCAAGUACUGGGAGAGCACGAUGACGCCGAUGAAGGAGAUUUUAGGCACGCACCAGGGCCAGGCCGUGCGCGGCCUGGACUUCGCGCCGUCCGACGCCAAGUUCUGCUCCUGCGCGGACGACGGCACGGUGCGCAUCUGGGACUGGGAGCUCUUCCAGGAGGAGCGGAUCCUCGCGGGCCACGGCUGGGACGUGAAGACGUGCGCCUGGCACCCGUCCUACCAGCUCAUCGCGUCGGGCUCCAAGGACAACCAGGUGAAGAUGUGGGACCCGCGGAAGCGGUCCUGCGUCGCGACCUUGUACGGCCACAAGCACACGGUCAUGAAGGUGCUCUGGAACGCCGUCGACGCGAACUGGCUUUUGACGGCGUCGCGCGACCACACGCUCAAGCUCUACGACAUCCGCGUGCUCAAGAACGCGGAGACCUUCAAGGGCCACAACCGCGAGGUCACGUCCAUCGCCUGGCACCCCUUCAACCGCCGCGUCUUCUGCAGCGGCGCGUACGACGGCCGCGUGAACCACUGGCUCGUCGGCUGCGACGCGCCGCUCCACUCGCACUACGCGCACGAGCAGGCCAUCUGGGACAUGGACUUCCACCCCGUGGGCCACGUCCUCGCGACGGCGUCCAACGACCACCGCGUCAAGUUCUGGGUCCGGGCCCGGCCGGGCGACGACGUCGAGCGCGACCUCGACGGCGCGCAGAAAACACUCGUCCAGGACCGCGCGGACUCGAUCGGCUACGUCCCGCCGGCCGUCGACGAGGAGCAGCUCGCCCUCGACAACGCGCCGCGCGGCUUCAACCCGGGCUUCGAGACCGGCGGCGGCCGCUACGGCCCGGACGCGCGCUUCGGCGGCGGCGGCGGCCGGCCCGGCGGCGGCGGGUUCUCCUAA